AUGGAAGGGUACGAGCUUUCCAUGGCCACCAGGAGCUUCAAGGUAUUCAAGCUUCGAGACGACGAGGAGGGAGAUCGCGGGGUGAGUUCGCGGUUUGUGGAGGUGAAGGAUUUGAAUGGGGAUGCGGUGUUUGUUGGGGAUAAUUACUUGACUGCGGUUCGAGCCCGAGAAUUCGAGGGUGUUCGGUCUGAUUCGGUUUAUUACACGGACGAUUUUUCGGAGUUUAAUUUCCCUGAUGUUAAUUUAGGACCACAUGAUGUAGGAGUGUUCAAUGUGAAGGAGAAGAAAUUUGGUUCAUUUUAUGUUUCUACUCCGGCUCAGAAUCGAGACAUGCCGCCUCCGAUUUGGAUUUUUCCUACCAUAGCUCCGGACAUGGAUUAG